AAGAGGAGUCUUGCUGGAGCUGCUGGCUACUGAUGCUUCCUUAACAACAAAGCAUUUAUUCAUUUGAAGUGAAGGUACUGCAAAAUGCUUCGAUUCAGCAUCCUUCCAUCCUUUUAUUAGGCUAAGUCAUGUAUUUAUGAUUGCUGAUCCUGGACGUGUACAAGGAUAUAGACCUGCGGCUAACUGGAUUUGAUUUAUAAGAAGUCAGUGUGGAAUAAAUGGCAGCUCCUGUGAUAUUGCUACUUUGGAAAACAGUAUUGUCAAUAGAAUGUAGCCUGAUAAAUAGUGCUUAGUGAAGAUACUGCUUCAGUGAGUGGGAAAUCAAUGGAAGAAUCUUGCUGCGUGAAAACCCUUCUGAGAUUUUUCUGGCAGGAUCGCAUUUAACAAACCUGAUACAUUUUCUUCGAUUGCCCUGUUUUACACAAGUGGAUACAAAUAUCAUUGCUUUCCUCUGCAACUAAUGUGGGACUAUGGCAUUUCCAAGGUCCAUGCGACUGAAAUGUUUGUGGAGAGUAGCAAGGUUGCGUCUGUUAUCCAUGGGUCUGGAUUUCACGUUUUCCUUGUGCCUGUUGGGAUUUUUGCUUCACAUUACAGCUGUGUGCUCACAAAAACUGGAUGAUGUAGACCCCAUAGUAACAACGACUUAUGGAAAAGUACGAGGCAUUAAGAAAGAACUCAAUAAUGAAAUCCUAGGGCCUGUUAUCCAAUUCCUUGGUGUUCCUUAUGCUGCUUCUCCAGUAGGGGAACGACGUUUUCAACCUCCAGAGCCUCCAACGACUUGGGAGAAUAUAAAAAAUGGCACUCAAUUUGCCCCUGUUUGUCCGCAAAACAUUGUAGGAGGCAGGCUUCCUGAAGUCAUGCUUCCUGUUUGGUUCACCAACAACCUGGAUGUAAUUUCUUCCUAUGUGCAAGACCAGAGUGAAGACUGCCUAUAUUUAAAUAUAUAUGUCCCAACUGAGGAUGUAAAAAGAAUAUCCAAGGAAUGUGCCCGGAAACCCGGCAAGAAAAUAUGUAGAAAAGGAGGUCCCCUUACAAAGAAACAGACAGAUGAUUUAGGUGAUAAUGAAGGUGCUGAAGAUGAAGACAUCAGAGAUAGCGGAGGUCCCAAGCCUGUGAUGGUAUAUAUUCAUGGAGGAUCCUAUAUGGAAGGAACUGGUAAUUUAUUUGAUGGAAGUGUCCUAGCAAGUUAUGGAAAUGUUAUAGUCAUCACUGUCAACUAUCGCCUUGGGGUACUUGGUUUUCUAAGCACUGGUGACCAAGCUGCAAAGGGAAACUAUGGACUCCUUGAUCUUAUACAAGCCUUAAGAUGGACUAGUGAAAACAUUGGGUUUUUUGGGGGUGAUCCUUUAAGAAUAACAGUAUUUGGAUCUGGUGCAGGUGCAUCAUGUGUCAAUCUGUUGACUCUGUCCCAUUAUUCAGAAGGACUUUUUCAAAGGGCAAUUGCACAAAGCGGAACUGCCCUUUCUAGUUGGGCAGUAAGCUUUCAGCCUGCCAAAUAUGCCCGGAUGUUGGCAACAAAAGUUGGAUGCAACAUGACAGAUACUGUAGAAUUGGUGGAAUGUCUGCAGAAAAAGCCUUAUCGAGAACUUGUUGACCAAGACAUACAGCCAGCAAGAUAUCACAUAGCUUUUGGACCAGUAAUUGAUGGAGAUGUUAUUCCUGAUGAUCCUCAGAUAUUAAUGGAGCAAGGUGAAUUUCUCAACUAUGAUAUAAUGUUGGGCGUCAAUCAAGGAGAAGGAUUUAAAUUUGUGGAAAGCAUUGUGGACCAUGAAGAUGGAAUUUCUGCAAGUGAUUUUGACUUUGCAGUUUCAAAUUUUGUGGAUAAUUUGUAUGGAUAUACAGAAGGAAAAGAUAUAAUGAGGGAAACUAUAAAAUUCAUGUAUACGGAUUGGGCAGAUAGGCAUAAUCCUGAAACAAGAAGAAAAACAUUGUUGGCAUUGUUCACUGACCACCAAUGGGUCGCACCUGCAGUAGCAACUGCGGAUUUGCACUCCAACUUUGGUUCCCCUACAUACUUCUAUGCCUUUUUCCAUCAUUGCCAAUCUGAUCAAGUGCCUGCUUGGGCAGAUACAGCUCAUGGAGAUGAGGUUCCUUAUGUUUUUGGGAUUCCUAUGAUUGGACCUACAGAGUUAUUUCCUUGCAAUUUCUCCAAAAACGAUGUUAUGCUAAGUGCGGUAGUAAUGACAUAUUGGACAAACUUUGCAAAAACUGGAGAUCCAAAUCAGCCUGUACCACAAGACACAAAAUUCAUCCACACAAAGCCAAAUCGCUUUGAAGAAGUUGCAUGGACUAGAUAUUCACAAAAGGACCAAUUAUACCUCCACAUUGGAUUAAAACCCAGAGUUAAAGAACAUUAUAGGGCUAAUAAAGUUAAUCUUUGGUUAGAGUUGGUUCCACAUCUUCAUGUUAUUAAUGACCUCACCACAACAAAAGGGCCAUCUACAGAUAUCACUUCUACACAAACAAGGAAACCUCUUUUACCUGUAACUUCAGCUAUUCCCACAAUAAAUGGAGUUACUAUUAUCCAAGAGCCCAGUCCAUUUUCACUGGAAAGAGACUAUUCCACUGAAUUAAGUGUCACUAUUGCCGUUGGAGCAUCUCUUCUGUUUCUCAACAUCUUAGCUUUUGCAGCACUAUAUUACAAAAAGGACAAGAGGAGACAUGAUGUGCAUAGAAGAUGUAGUCCUCAGCGCAAUACUACAAAUGACAUAGCCCAUGCACAAGAAGAGGAAAUUAUGUCUCUUCAAAUGAAGCACACAGACUUGGACCAUGAAUGUGAAUCCAUCCAUCCCCAUGAGGUUGUUCUCAGAAAUGCCUGCCCUCCAGACUACACUUUAGCAAUGAGAAGAUCCCCAGAUGAUAUUCCAUUAAUGACCCCCAAUACUAUAACAAUGAUCCCUAACACCAUACCAGGGAUUCAAUCUAUACAUGCCUUUAAUACUUUUACUACGGGACAAAAUAACACACUUCCCCACCCCCAUCCACAUCCGCAUCCACAUUCACAUUCUACAACCAGAGUAUAGCCAGACCAGAUGGAAAACAGACUUUAUUUUUGGUGUAUUACAGUAGUUGACCUUACUGGGAAUUUCUUGGAUUUUCAAACUUGGAAGACUUAUGCUAUUUAAACGUUGAAAAUUACAAUGUGCAUACUGCACAUACAUAUCAAAAAAACUUUUUGGAUUUUUGAAAAUAACAUGUAAAUAUUCAAAGUGGACAAGAGCAACAAUUGAAACAAUUGUUGUGAAUAUUUUUUGUUUUUUAUUUCAUGUUCAAGUUUUUUUCUUUUUUUUUAGGAUUUAUUUUACAAAUUGGCUUUAGGCAUGUGCUUCACAAAAAGAGAGGACAAAGACUUCAAAUGUAUUUAUAUGCACAAGGGACUCACUCAUGGAAUGUCUGAUCUUUUUCACCUUUUUUAUUUUAAAACUGUUUUACUGUGUAGAUCAUAUAUAAGUGCACAAAGCACCGAUGCUGUUAAGGCCUUAAUUUGGCCCCAUUCUAUUAACUGCCAAUUGAGCAAAGAGUUUUAAGUCCUGGCAGGUACAAUAUUAUCACUUAAGUGCUGUCACUAUCAAAUGUGGGAAUAAAGGAAACAAUAUUUUUAGCACGAAGUGCAUGAUAAUUUGUAUGCUUGGUGGCUGUGCUGCUGAUUAAGCCACAAUUAAAGUUGUUCUCAUCCCAUUAAAGUUUUUAUAACAGAUUACUACAUCGAUUGGCAAACCUCAGGAUGAUUUUUAGAGGGGAGGGAUAGGUAACUAAAGUUCAGUAAUUCACUGUAUUCUCCUCGGCAUUUAGAUAGAAAUGAAAGGUGCAUUGUAAGUUAAUGAUGAAAGUGAAAAACUGGUGCAAAUCCCAAAGGAAAUGUGUAUUUAAAUUUUUAUUAUAGAUUGCGCUAAAUCUAAACAAUUUCUAGAAAACAGGUUCAGUUUCAUUUAGUAUAGCUGGCAUAGAUGACAUAUGAUGUUGGUAAGUAACAGUGUGUCCAAAGAGUUAUUUUCCCACUACUGAAAUUUCAAAAAUAUUUUUUUUUCUCAUGAUGCAUGUCCACAAGUGUUCCAAAAUGAAUUUUAUUCGUUAUCACUGUAAAUUUAUUUAUAUAUUGAUGUUACCUCACAGCAGUAUUAUCAGUAAAAUGUAUACAUAUGUAGAUAUGAAGAACACACUAUAAUGAAGGGUGCCAACAAGAUUUAUAAACCCAAUUCUGGGACUGUAAUUUUAUACCAAUACUAUCCAGUCACAAAAGUAUUAAUUUCCCUAUUGUUUAUCAGGAAAAAAAAUAUUUAUCACAAUCUUUUCAAGGUGUUUGUAUAUGUAACAGAUGUACAUUUAUAUGGAAAAUGAUAAAGGUGGAGUUAAGAGCACAUCACUAAGAAAUACUUUUCUCUCUUACCUGUAUAUUUCUAAUAGAAAACAGUUAUUGCGCUUUUUCUUUUUUUUCCCUUGUUUACGUUCUUUUUUUUUUACAUUUUUCAAAAUUAUUAAUAAUUUUGAUAGUUUGUAAGAUAAUGCAAAUAUGUUUCUCUGACAAACUAACUGCAGUAACUUUCUUUUCAGUUACUCUUUUUCAAGAAUAAAAGCUUAUUACACACAGAAAUUGUAAUUACUUAACGAAAAUUACUUUGUACUUCUUGACUAGAAUACUGGUCAUUGAGUGAAAUAAAAAUAAUCUGGAUAAUCAAUAUUAUUCCAAUGCUGAAAAGAUUACUUUGCUCAUUAAAGAGCCAAUUUGUUGACUACUGUUUUGUCAUUUGU